CCCAGCCCAGCCCAGAGCCGAGCGGCCGGCCGAUGAGGCGGGCGAUGGCGGCGCCCAUCACGGCCGGGGCGGCGGCGGCCGCGCUGGCCUUGUCCCUGGCGCUGGCGCACGACGGCGGCUACUGCGGCGGCGAGACGGUGUCCGGGCGGGUCGUGCUGGAGCUGGCGGCGCCGCUGCUGCUGCCCGCCCGCGCCCUGCGCCUCCAGGCCACCGGCCGCGCCAGGGCCGCCUGGGCCGAAGGGCCCGUCGCCGGCCCCGCCCCGUCGCCCCCCGCCGCGGCAGCCGCAGGAGGAGGAGGCGGCGGUGGCGGGGCCCGGGUGGAGGCGGAGGUGCCCUACCUGGACGUGCGGCAGGAGCCCCUCGCGCAGCCGCUGCAGGAGCCGAGCCCGGGGAUGCCCGCAGCAGACGACGAGGGCUUGAUCGUAUUAGAGGCUGGAAGACAUGAAUUCCCUUUCAGUUUUCAACUCCCGCAGCAACCCUUGGCCACCUCCUUCACGGGGAAGCACGGCAGGAUUGAGUACUGUGUCAUAGCAACCCUGGAAAGGCCAGGGUCCCCCAGUCAAACUGUGAAGAGAGAGUUCCAGGUUAUCAGCCACAUUGAUGUCAACUCACCAACUCUACUGACACCUGUAAGACGAAGCCAGGAGAAGAUGAUCGGGUGCUGGUUCUUCACUUCUGGCCCAGUCUCUCUGAGUGCCAAAAUCGAGAGGAAAGGAUAUUGUAACGGUGAAGCGAUACCAAUUUAUGCAGAAAUCGAGAAUUGCUCCUCUCGUUUAAUUGUUCCAAAAGCUGCCAUUUUCCAAACACAGACUUAUUUGGCUAAUGGAAAAACAAAGACUUUCCGACAGAUGGUUGCCAACGUACGAGGAAAUCACGUUGCCUCAGGGAGCACAGAUACCUGGAAUGGGAAAGCUUUGAAAAUUCCACCUGUAACUCCUUCUAUCCUUGACUGCUGUAUUAUCAGAGUUGAAUAUUCCUUAGCUGUGUACAUCCAUAUUCCUGGUGCUAAAAAACUGAUGCUUGAACUGCCUCUGGUGAUCGGCACAAUUCCAUGUACUGCAUUUUCUAGCAGAAACUCCAGCCUUGCAAGCCAGUUUGGUAUGGAUAUGAGCUGGCUGGCACUAACAAUGCCAGAACAUCCAGAAGCACCACCUAAUUAUGCUGAUGUGGUAUCAGAGGAAGAGUUCUCGCGACAUGUCACAGCUUAUCCACAACCAAAUGACUGUGAAGAUCAGUUAUGUUGUCCCAUGUUUGCCUACAUACAGGAAUUCCGCUUUCAGCCCCCUCCUCUCUAUUCGGAGAUUGACCCACAUCCUCCUGAAGUAGAAGAAAAUCAGCCAGUUCCAUUCACAUUUUGAAGAUGCCAUGCUGCGUUUUGAUCAAGUGGAAUGUCUUAAUUUUUUAUUUUCUCCUGCUCUGCUUACAACAAAACUGUCUUUCUUCCUUUCUUUUGAAGCAGUUCUUUUGCUUUAAGUUGAAACAGGCAGAGGUACCAAGGCAACUGAAGCUGAAAUAUGUUGUGCCUCUUAUGGGAAGAAGAGAAAUGGGAGAAAGCCUUGUGGAUCAGUUGGCGCAGAAGAAGCAGUGAAGUCGAGUUACCAGGUGGCAGGCCUUGUAAUACCUGGGGCAGGUAGAACAAGUCAGAGAAGAAAGAAGGCCUGGAAAUUGGUGCGCACUGUACAAGAAUCUCAAGGAAAAUGUUUCCGAGCGCACCAAAAAGCUGAAGAUACAGAAGGGUUGUGUCAAAGAGAUAAGGCAUAUAUAACAACAAACUUUGGAGAAACCAGACAGAAAUAAGAUCAGGCUUCCUGAAUGCACUCCGUUGGUUCUUAAGGGUUGUGACUUAUCCCUCCUCAGGUGCUGAAGUUGCAAUCUGAAAUCCUGGCUCAAUUCAGCCUAAAAGGUCCCUUUUUAAAAGGUGCCCGUCUGACAUGAAUCAGGCGGUGGUACUAACACUCCUACUGAUCUUGAGGGAUAUUCUAGAUACUGUGCUCUGUAUAACUUUAUGAAGCGGUAUGUUUUCCAUUAUGAAUGGCAGAAAUUAGUUUCAUUGGACAGCUGGAUUUUUGUAGUUCUGCAUUUAGGGGUGGUUGUUUUCUAUUCAAGCAGAGAAUUAGACGAGCACUUAUAUUAUUCUGUAGGCUUGCUUUAUUCUCUCUGCAUUUUCAACUGCAGGGCACAAUUCAGCAAGGAGCUGAAGGCAGCCAGACACUCUGCUGAUACUUAGCUGCUCACAGCUUGAGCCACUGCCGGCUGAGCACUUAAUCACUGGGGUUGUACGUGCAGAUGGAUGAAAGGAGCAACCUCAUUGCCAGCAAUGAAUUUCGCUUCCUAAAAGCCUUAAAAAAAUUUUUUUUUUAAGCCUACCUCUCUUUUGGAUAUGGGAUGCAAGACCAAAAGAGAUAACAAUUCUGCAGAAUUGGAUUUGCCCCCAUUUAAGUUCCCAUCACGAGUCAAAGCAACGGGGUGGCAGGGGGAUUGUAACUGACCCAGCUUGUUUUGUGUAUGAAGAUCUGGGGAUGUAAUCGGCCCAGUUGUUUUGUGUAUGAAGAUUUGGGGUUCUGGGGGGAAGAACCCUAAUGUGACAAAAGGAUAGUUCGCUGUAAAACAGAGCUUCUCAAACUUGAGUCCUCGUUUGUCGGUGGGCUACAACUCCAUGCUAUCCCCAAAGCCCUUGUGGCUGGCAGUGAUGGAAGUCCUAGUUCAGCAACAUCUGGGGACCCAAAUUAGAAGGCCCCUGCUGUAAAGGAAAAAGAAUGUCCUAAACUUGCGCAUGUAUUUAGAGCAGUCGGGCUCGCUUAUCAGGGCACUGUUCUUUCCUAUCUUAUUUGGGUGCAAUAUACUUUGAUUUGUUCCAUCAGGUCACUGAGAAUUUGGUGAGAUGUUGCUGCUAAGGGUAAAGCCACUCCUUGGGGCUGCUUCAGACAUUGCCGGAAGCCCUGUGCUGUAUAUUCGUAUGCUAGCGACUGUGCUCAGUCCAAGACAUCUUAACCAAUUAAUCACCUUGAGGUGUUAAUCUUCUUUAUUGAAAAUCUUCUAUAUACAGUUUUCCAACAAACAAAAAAAACCCGCUAACAUAGCAAAAAGGGUAUGAGACAGUGGUUCCCUGUACCUAAAAGUCUCACAACCUAAAAAUAAAAUAAAAAGGAAACACCUUUUUGGCAACAGGUACUGAAGGGACGCUUUGCGGGGUGGAAUGGGGACAUCUGCUCCCCCUCUACUAAAUAUGAGAGCAGCUAGUUUAAGAGGAGUGUCUCUGCCCAGUUAGAAAUCUGGUUAUUCUGUUUGCAUAAAAGUAAGCCGUACUGAAGAGUGGGCGGGGGGGAAUAUACUUGAGUGUUUAGGUCAUACAUGCACACUUUACAACAAGCACCAUCUUGAAGAUAUCUCGUCUAAGAUGGCACUUGGUGAUUCUUUUUAAGUACUUUUAUUUUUAAAAACAGGUUUUAAGGAAGCUGCUGCCAGAUUUAAAUCAGGCACUGCUUUUAACAACAAUCUCUUUAAAAUCAUAGUUGUAUACCCAAAAAUCUUAAUGUGUCUGAAACAGCCCUUCAUCUCCGCCGUGUUGCCUUUCUUCAAAGUAGAUUUAAUGUCUGAGCAGGCAUUUUUGUUAGUGAGGGGGUGGUUAGCAGUUUGCUUGGGGUGGGGAAGUACUAAUCGUGGUGAAUUAUUUGAUGGGAUUCCUGCAUUUAUGAAGGCUGAUUAGUAAUCCCUGGGGAGGUGAGUAACUCUAAGUGCUUUCCUAUGGAGAGAAAUUGCAGUGGAAACCCCAUGUCUUCAAAGCUUCUUUGAACACAUGGUGAACAAGCAAUAUGUCUAGUGAGUUCCUCUGUUCCAAUUAUUGGAAGCCACUGUGGUUUCCAUAGGACAAAGGGCAGCCUAAAAAUUCAAUGAUAAAUAUGGGCUGGCACAGAAAUGUCAUUUGCCAGUAGUAAGUGGUGGAAUUCUAGUGCCCGUGUCGGGGGCUGGAUCACAGUCAAAAUCUUCUUAUGCAGCAGGGAUUUUCAGUCUUCCUAUAAACAUGCUUGUAAUGCAUGUUCAAAGCUGGGUGUGGGUGCAUGUAGUGCCUAGCACAGCACCCACUGAGGGGAAAGUGAGGUGGGACGGGGUGCUUGAGGUAUGUAGUCAUGCAGGGAUAUGAUUUGCUGAUAAAAUAGGGCAGGGCUGUGGUGUACCUCUUGAAGUGGGUUUGUCCUUGACCCAGCAAUGCCCUGGAGCACUGGGCUGCCUUUUCACUCCGGCGGGCAGCAGUAAAGGAGUGUGUUCAAGAUGCAGUGAGGAUGGCUCAGCCUGAGAUGGCUCAGCCUUGGUGAUUCUAGCCACUCAAGAGCUAGCCCUGCUAUCUGCGUACCAGUAUCACGAGUUGGGGUGUAGCUAUAAUUGAGCAGAUGGGUUCAAAGAAUCCUGGGGCCCCUCCCUAUUUUCUUCAUUAUCUCCCUCACUACGAGGGGCCACUGGGGAAAGGGGCGAACACAAGUCCCAUCGCCCUAGCUACGCCCCGAUCAUGAGUCCUGUGUCUCUUGGUCACACUCUAGUGUGACAGAAUGUGGAGAACUGGCUUUGAGGCAGGUGCUGCUCACCAUAUUUACCUGAAUCCAAGACUAGAUUUUUUCUAAGUACUUUGACAUUAGAAAUCAAGGGGUUGUCUUAAAUCCAGAGCCCUCUUCCUUUGGGGUAAAUACAAGUAUAAUCUGUUUUUAAGGGGGUCGUCUUAAAUUCAGAGGAGUCUUCUAUUUGGGUAAAUAUGCUAUUCACUAACGAUCUGGUGUGAUGGGCUCAAUAUGUCUGAACAAUUCUGCUUGCCCAGGAGAGGAAAGCACUCACUUGAGCCAUCGCUAGUCAUCCUGUCUCUGAGGCUACAACCAAAUUUUGAGUGGUAUCUCAGAGGCCUUGCUCUGAUUAACAGGAUGCCUGUUCAGAAAUCAGUGCAGGAUUUGCAUCUGAAGGGAACAAAAUAACUCUCCUUAUUAAUUUCUCUUAUUACUUGAAUAGCAGUAAUGUGGCUGUGUUAACUUGCAUGUCUUAGCAAUGACAUUUAGGUGCUUACAGUGACUGACUAUCAUACUAACGAGAGCUGGCUGUUAGUAUCCUUGCAGUCGUACCAGAGAAGAGCAUGAACCCUUGGCAAAGAAGAAAGGUGCUGUUCUUUCUCCUCCUGCUCUUCUUAAAUCUUGGGAUCACUUCUGGGUUACUUGCAGAUAAACUGUGGCCUUAGAUUGCGUGGUGGUGGUGUUUUUCUAAAGUUUCUUCAGAAGUGUGAUGUAGACUUCUAAGGGACCGGUCUGAAACCGAAGAAGCAAAGUUCUGCCCUAAGGGAGAACUUGCUCCUGAACUGCUUAUGUUGCACAAUGAUUUCAAUAUGCAAGGGUUUGUCUGUUCGCAAUUACUGUGAAAUAGUUUUAAAACCAAGCAGCAAAAAAAACCCCACUGGAAAAUGAUUGUAUUUUAUAUUUGAAGUAUGAGCCCUAUGGGUUCUGUUUCUUAAUAAAAAUGCCAAAAUGCUA